GCCGCCGCCGCGUGAUACGGCUGCCCCUGCGCGACGAUGAUGGGGCCCGCAGCGCUUCUGUGCGUGGCGAGUUUAGUACCAGCCGUAGCUGGCAGCGCGCUGGACAAUGACAGCAUUAAAACGGCCGUGGCCCUCUGGCUCUCGGACAGCGCCGCCGCCGAGGCGGCGUACGGCCACAUUUCUACGUGGGAGACUGGGGGGGUGACGGACAUGUAUGCUUUGUUUUGCGGGCAUUCCAGUCUGAGUUGGUGCAACUCGGCCGCGGCGUCUUUCAACGAGGACAUCGGCGCGUGGGACACCUCCGGCGUCACAACGAUGGACCGGAUGUUCUUCUACGCCUCGUCUUUUAACCGAGACAUCGGUGCGUGGGCGGUCCACAACGUCAAGUACAUGAGCCAGAUGUUCGCCUUAGCCUCGGCCUUUAACCAGGACAUCGGUGGUUGGGCGGUUCACAACGUCAUGAGCAUGUACUACAUGUUCCGCGACGCCUCGGCCUUCGACCAGGACCUCGGCUGGUGCGUGGACGACGGCGUGAACAUGGAUUCGGCGUUCGGAGGCACCCUUUGCGAAUCGACGUCGUGCGGCGUCGUACAAAUGGACAACUGCCCGACGCCUGCGCCGACGCCCGCGCCGACAGUCACGCCCGCCGGCUGGUUCGGCUCCUCGUCCCAGAAGUCCAACGAAGACGACGACAAGAUGAUGACCCUCGUCGUCCUCGCUGCCUUGCUCGGGCUAUCGUUGGCCGCUGGGCUGCUGCUCUUCGCGCUGCGCCAGCAGCAGCUUGCGGCGAAGAAAUCGAGCGCCCCACGCACGUCUACGGUCACUGCCGUGGAACCGAGAGCCCCACGCAAGUUUACGGUCACGGCCGUGGAACCGAGAGCCCCACACACGUUUAAGGUCACGGCCGUCCAGCCGAGCGCCCCACGCAAGUUUACGGUCACGGCCGUCCAGAGCGUCUAGCCGCGCCAAUUCGAUAAACGCCAAGGCCCGCUCCUCGUCUGCUCAGAGUCGCGUUCUGAGCACCGUCCCCCGCAUCGCCCCUCCCCAUCGUACCAAGUAACCAAUCGUCACACGAGC